UGCUAUCUUAGGUUUGUCAUUAUGGUUAUCAGUACAUUAGUAUAUUGAGUAAAACAGUUAACUGUAGAUUAAAUUAAGAGUGUCAUAGUGCAAACUUUGGAGGGACACUUACGUGCUAUCUUAGGAACCUUAACUGUAGAAGAGAUAGUCAAGGACAGAGACCAAUUUGCAUCCUUGGUACGAGAAGUUGCAUCACCCGAUGUUGGUCGGAUGGGAAUAGAGAUUCUCAGCUUUACCAUUAAGGAUGUGAUUGAUAACGUUGAAUAUCUCGCUUCUCUGGGCCGAGCUCGAACUGCUGAUGUAAAACGAGAUGCAAAUAUUGGAGUAGCACAGGCUGAAAGAGAUGCUGGCAUUAGUGAAGCAGAGUGUGAAAAGUUUACCAUGGAUGUAAAAUAUUCAGCUAAUACAAAGAUUGAGAAUUCAAGCCGUCUUUUUCAGUUACAGAAAAGCAAAUUUGAUGCAGAGGUUAACACAAAAAAAGCUGAAGCCCAGUUGGCCUAUGAACUUCAGGAAGCCAGGAUGAAGCAGAAGAUUAGGAAUGAGGAGAUUGAGAUUGAAGUUGUUGAAAGACGAAAGCAAAUCGAUGUCGAAGAGAAAGAAAUACUUAGAAAAGACAAAGAGCUUACAGCUACAGUAAGGUUAACAGCAGAGGCAGAAGCUUAUAAAGUAGAAAAAUUGGCCCAAGGAAAACGUGUGGAAACGGUUGAAACUGCCCGUGCAGAAGCGGAAAGCAUUAAGGUGGUUGGAGCGGCAGAAGCUUAUGCUAUUGAAAGAGUAGGAAAAGCAGAAGCUGAGAGAAUGAGGAUGAAAGCUGCAGCUUAUAAACAGUUUGGUAAUGCUGCUGUUCUGAGUCGAGUCCUAGAGGUUCUUCCAAAGAUUGCAGCUGAAAUAUCUGCACCAUUGGGUAAAACAGAAGAUAUCAUUUUGAUUGGAGAAGGAGACCAAUCUGCCACUGGCGCCCUGAAAUUGAUGAGUCAAGUUCGGCCUAAUGUUCAAGCUCUGACUGAUGUUGAUCUCCAGAAGGUGGUUCUUGAAGUUCCUGGAGCCAAGUAGGAAUUUCUUGGAAGCUUGGAACUUUUAAACGUUCUCUACUAAUGAUCGUGCUUCACUAUUUAGCAAACAGUGAAUUUCUUCCUUUAGUUCUUUAAUACUCGAAAGUGUUUGGCCUUGUCCAUCUCGCUUAAAAUACUUACUUUUUAUUCUAGCUUGAAGAUAAAAUAAUCAUUUGAUAUUCUUUCAGUAAUUUGAAAACUACAAACACUCAGUUACUCGGUUCUUAUAUUUGUGACAUUAGUGGUGUAGUUCCAGAAAAGCAUAUCUGGAGUUUGGUCUUUCCAAAAUCGUAAGGUUUGGAACAGUGUAUCGACAAGCAGAAUGUCAAUUAGUUUCUUAAGUGAAGUGUAUUGAAAGGUAAUUUUUCUGUUCAGUAUUUAAUUUUUUAUUUUAAGUUAAACAAUUAAUAUUUUUGCUGAACAUAACCAUUAGUUCAUAACGAAAAUUGAUAAUUAAGUUCGAGGGUGCACCCGGUUUUAUAAAAAGUGCUUUGGUGACACCAAGGUUCAUCCUGGAUUCAGUACAUCAUUGAGUUCUAUACUGGUCAAUUCCUAAACUUGCUCAGUAAUACUCAAGUUGGUUUAUUACCAGGUCUGUCACUGUUAAAUCUUAGUCAAAAUAUAAUGGUUAAAAAUGGAGUUGUCUGUCACUGGGCUUGUAGUAGUGAUAACUCACACAAGAAAGCACAAGCCAUGGAGUUCUAGUGCAAAAUGAGGUCUUGGGUUCAAGUGUCAUGAGAGCAAAGUAUUAUUUCUUUACAAAAUUGUUUACAGGUAUUCAGGGUUCUUGUCUUUAUUUCUUUCUAUUUGCUUCUUCAUCAGAAACAAUCAUAUCCAUAUAAAAGAACAAAUUUAAAAUGAUAUAAUUGUUAAUU